AUAACAGCACUCAAAAAUCCUUACCAAUAGAAACAGAAAUAUUACUCAGCCUAGGCCAAAAAUUUGCACUUCCAACCAACAUCGUCCAGAUACCGUUUUAUCAUCUCCUAGCUGACGUUGAAAGUAUACUGAAAACUAAUCCAGACACUUCUAUCCAGGACCGCACAAGGUGCGCAAUAGCAAAUUCAGUCCAAAACUACAUCCAUUACAACAAAAAUAUAACCCAAAAAGAUGAACUGACGAAAUUCUGUGAAAAAGCUACGAAAAUUACAAAACAUUUCUUUCGCGAUAACCCAGAUGUACUCGCCAUCCAAUCGGACAAAGGUAAUAAAACAGUCAUAAUGCCAACAGAUGAAUACAAACAGAAGAUGCUUAAUUUGCUCACCGACGAUAAAACAUAUCUCCCAAUACCACGCGAUCCAACAUCACGAUACCAAAGAACAAACAAUGAAUUUGUAAAACGAUUGCUCAACCUAAAUCUUAUCGACAAACAGACCGCAACAAGACUAACUACAUAUAAUGCCAUAUGCCCCAGAAUAUACGGACAGCCCAAAGCGCACAAACCCAAUCUACCACUAAGGCCAGUAGUGCCAAACAUGACUGCUCCCGCUUACAACCUUUCGAAAUAUAUAGGAAAAAUCAUACAAAACUCCAUCGAGAGCCGAUACAACAUAAAGGAUUCAUUUACAUUUUGCGAUUUUAUUAACACAGUUACAUUGCCACCUGAUUACAUCCUAAUUUCCCUCGACGUUACAUCGCUAUUCACAUCGAUUCCCAAAACAUUAGUUACACACAACAUAAUAAAACAAUGGGAGAAAAUCAAAGUUUAUACGAACAUAAACCUAGAUUUGUUUAUCGAAAUAGUUGAAUUCUGCAUAGAAUCAAGCUACUGUAAAUACAACGGACAACAUUUCCAACAGAUCUUUGGCACUGCAAUGGGGAAUCCCAUCUCGCCCACACUAGCAGAUUUAGUAAUGGAAACACUUUUGGACACAGUUAUACCAUUACUAACAUUCAAGCCCCCAUUCCUGAAAAAAUAUGUAGAUGAUCUUCUACUAGCACUGCCCGCGAAUCAACUAAACCAUGUAUUAGAGACUUUCAACAGUUACAACGAACAUAUUCAAUUCACCUACGAAAUGGAAAACAAUAGACGACUACCGUUUCUAGACAUGACACUGAUAAGACAAGAAAAUCAAAGCAUUAAAACAGAAUGGUAUAUGAAACCAAUCGCCAGUGGCAGAUUUUUAGACUACUUUUCGUUCCACCCGCUCCAUCAUAAAAUUAACAUGGCUAAAAAUUUCAUCAGACGAGUUGACAAGCUAUCCACUAAUCUACAGAACGAUGAUAAGGCUCGCAUCAUUCACAAACAAUUGAGACUAAACAACUACCCGAAAGCACUAAUAAACAGAUUAAUAAGCCGAAUGCAGGAAAACAUCACGGCACCGCAAGAAACACCUAGUGAAAACCUGGAAUAUACUUACCGUUCGAUACCAUACAUACCACACCUGUCGAACCGAAUCGACAAGCACCUAAAAAACGAUUACAAACACAUACGACUUGCACACCGCAACAUAAAAACAGUUAAACAGUUGUUCACAAAUGUUAAAGACCCCAUUCCACAUGAACACCAGAGCAACGUCAUCUACAACAUACCGUGCAAAGACUGCAGCGCCUGCUACGUGGGAAUGACAACAAACAUGCUUAAAACUAGAAUUAGUGGACACCGGACGCACUACAACACCUGGGACAAACUACUGCAACAAGGUUACAACGAAACAGAUACCCAAAUUAGUACACUUAAGGAAAAAACAGCACUAAUGCAUCACAGUAUCACACAGAAUCACCGGUUUGAUUUUCAACAAACAAAAAUUAUAGACAGACACAACAAACCACAAGCACUCCCGUUUUUAGAAAUUUGCCAUAUUGCCAACACAGAAAAUAGCAUAAACAAACGCACAGACACUGAGGGACUGAACACCAUAUACGCUGGUAUUAUACACUCGAUAAAGAACAUCAACCAAAACAAAACAGACAACCAUGACAGCCAAUCCACUACCACCAAAACUCAAAGCUGUACAAUCUCGCAAACACACCCUUAGCAAGCCGUCAAGAAUUAGUAGACUACAGAGGAAGACACAAAACCAACAGCUUAGAAUAUUUAUUACCCGAUUAAGUGAAAUUGCCAUAAAAGUGCUUGAAAAAAGUAAGUGCUAGAAAAAGCUUUAGAAGCUUAUACAGUGUAGCACACAAAAAUAGGUACACAUGCACCAAAGUGGGACGCCAUUUGUAAUACACACCAGACAACCGAUGUUGGACACCAACACACUUAACAAUAGAACGAUUAUCCUUUCUGUAAGUAAGCUAACACAGACAUAAAACAUAAACCAGUAACGAAAGAGGAAAACAACACACAAUGUAUAUUUUCAGACUCCUUGAAAAAGGUGAAAUAAAGUCACCGAAACUGUCGGAAUAAGAGAAAAAAACAAAUCGUUUUGCUAGUAUACACGGACUGAUUAAGCCGAUAAA